AUGUGUACUCUCUUUUACUUCAACCUGUUUUUUUUUUUCCUUUCCUUUCCAUUCCAAUACUAUAUAGUCUUGCUUCUACCUCCUUCCCCUUCUUUUUUCCGACUCUCAUCUCUUGCACUCUUUUCUAAUUCCAUAUACAUCCAAUAUUCGAAAAUGUCGACAAUUAUCGUCAUUUGCUCAAUUGUCACAUUGUGCGUAUCAUACGCAAUUCUAAGAUCUUUGACAGAUACCUCGAGAUUGUCGGUACCACUAUCUAUAACGUUGAUAGUAUCGUUGUUCUUACCACUUUCGGUGACGUUCCUCAUUCCAAUCGACAUCAACCACUCGAUACCCAUACUAUGGAGGGCCAAUUAUUGGACCACCUUUAUGUUGACGUGGUUCAUCUUGCCAUUCUGGCAGUAUUACCUCACUUCCGGUGAGUUCAAUACGGUGUUGCGUGUCAAGUCGUCACUCCUUCAACUUUGUAAGUUCCUUGGCUUGUUGAUCAUUCUCUCCAUAGUCGGUCUCUUUUGGUUGAUUAUUAGGGGGAUGUUUCAGCUCAGCUACAUUAGUGCCACAAUUGUCACUGCAUCCCACUGCUAUUCGCUUCUAAUGGUUGUUUGGUUGAUGAUGCAUGGAUUGAUCCAUAUUCCAAAGAGAUUUUUCACAUGGUCGUAUCCGGGUAAAUUGGAGCUCUUAUAUAGGAAGGUAAAUACCCUAGAGACUGAACGUAAUGAUGCACUAUUUGAAUAUAAGGAGAUUUGUGGAUAUAUCAAUGGAUUGGAAGUUGGAAACGAUGUUGAGCGUCGUGAUGCAGUAUUGAAAUUGAAGUCAAAAGUCCCUCCUGAAUUUGAGCAUAUUAGGGACGUUACGUUCCACGAAGAACUGACCCUUGUUAAGGCACACGAAUUGAUCAAGAAGGCAGAAUGGAAUUAUCUACAUAAUGACACCGUGUUCAGAGACACAUUGGCAGAUAUACAGUAUUAUGAGAAGGCAGUGAUGGAUGAAGGAAUCUUCUACAAGUAUAUCAUGCCUUCGUUCAAUAGUAUUCUAUUUGUUUUAUUCACCGUCAUUGCAUUUAUUGUCUUGGAGAGCGAAAUCAUGCAUGGCACUCGGUUCUCUAUACUAGGUUGGAUAAUCUAUGGUCAAUAUACAGCUAUAAUUAUGUCAUUUGUUUUGGUGCUGAUGAUGAUCUGCUCAUUGAAAACACUUUCAUUGAUCAAGCUAUUUGAUAUUUACAGGGUUGAAUUUAAUGGCAAGAGUGAUCCAGUUAGUACUAUUUUUUUCAUAAGUUAUGCAUGUCGCUUAACAAUACCGUUGGGUUAUAAUUUCAUGAUCAUGUUGAAUGAAAAAGUAGUUGGCGACUCCUCAUUCUUGGCAUUUGUCAAUGGGAACUUGAAACUGAUACCUAUUGGUGUUAUUUUAAAUGAUAUAAUCCCAAGGUUGUCUAUUGUUCCUGUUUUAUUGUCAAUAUUUGGUAUUUGGGGGAAGUUGAAGAGAUGGAUGGAUGGGUGGAUCGACAUUGAUUUGGACAUUGGAAACGAUGAUGGGAUCGGCGGUGUUCAAUCAGGUAAGGUAAUUGCACAUAGAUAUAUAAAUGACGGAUUCCUCAACGAUGAAAAUACAAAGUUAUCCAUAUGGAGACAGAUAACAUUUACCCUACAAAAUGGUGUGUAUAGGUUGAGAAACAUGUUGGUGAGAAACAGAGGUACCCAAUUAGAACUCGACCUUGACUAUGAUGAUUACGACCUAGAUAACAGGAUUGUGUAG